UCCCUAGUUGAGAACGAGGCCAAGCUCUAGCCGAUAACAAGGCUUGCAACUUUGUCAUCGUAAGUCUGAAUGACUCCUUGAUUUUCUUCCGUUCUUUCUUCUCAUAUAUAUUCCUGUCAAAAGCUAGGAGUAUAUAUCUACGCGCGUGCAAAUUCUGUUCGAGUUUGAGACCGAUCAACUCACGUUUGUCCCUCUGCCCUCGCCGGCCAUGGCUAACAGAAGCUCGACCUCACCGGAGAUCACCCCGUCGAGAUCAAGAUGCAUCGUGGAGCACGACACCGAGACGCUCAGUUUCGAGCUGAUCAAUUACAUGCAGCUCAAGGGCAUGGAGGUCGGCAAGUUCGUCAGCUCGCCCGUCUGCAGAGUCGGCGGCUACGAGUGGGAGAUCAGAUUCUACCCGGAUGGGCUUAACAAGGAGUAUACCGGCAACACAUCGUGCUUCCUUUGCUACCUCGGCAAAGACCAAGAUGUGAGUGCCAAGUUCUCGCUGAGCAUGCAGGAGACAAAGGGCCUGCAGGCACAGGUAGCCAGCUUCGGUACGCUGGAUUACGCCUUCACUACGGGGUUGAACGAGUUCGGCUACCCCCAGUUCGUGACGAGGUCGAAGCUCAAAUCCCUGGCUCGCUUCGGCGACGGCUGCUUCACGAUACGGUGCGUGCUCAGCGUCAGCAAGGAGUCCCCGCCGCUGGAGCUACACGAUGACCUCGAGCGCAUGCUCGAGGAGGGGCUGGGUGCGGACGUCACGUUUGGCGUGGGCGGCCGGGAGUUCGACGCGCACAGGUACAUCAUGGUGGCACGGUCGCCGGUGUUCCGGGCGCAGUUCUUUGGCCCGAUGGCGGAGAAGGACAUGAGGCACGUGGAGGUCAUCGACGUGGAACCUACCAUGUUCGAGAUGAUGCUUCGCUACAUCUACAACUAUAAACUCCCGUCCUGCAACAACGAGGGAGGAGGCUACAACGCUGCAAUAUAAUGCAGCAUUUGCUCAUCGCGGCGGAUAGGUAUGGGCUGAACAGACUGAAGCUCAUGUGCGAAGAGGAGCUGUGCAAGAGGAUGGACGUGGAGACUCUCAUGACCACGUUAUCGUUGGCGGAUCGGCAUCAUUGUGAGCGGCUAAA